UCAGCCAAGCCGGCGUCUCUUUUCCCUCUCCUGCUCUGGAUCUCUCUCUCUCUCUUCCAAGUUCCAACUCUCCAGUGGCACUGCUCCGUCGUGGACGGGCCGGGGAGAUUGCAAUGGCUACUUCUUCCUCGUUCUCUGCAUACACAGUACAAGGGCAAAUGUCCAGUGCUGAAGCUAGAAAAUCCCUCCACUACCUCUUCAAUAUAUCCACCUCUUCAUGCAAACAGUCCAUUCAAUGUAAUGCGUUUUCUUCUCAUGCUUAUAUGAAAAAGAUGAGGUUGUCAUCCUUUGGAAAUCAGCUGAAGUUGGGUAUAGCUGAAAGAUCUUCUCAGAGAAAAGGAGUCUAUUGCUCGGCCAUGGAUGUCGACAAUUCAAGGGCUUCGUUUUCGCCUGGAAAAAAGUUUCAACUUGACGAUGUGAUUGAAGCUCAACAGUUCGACAGAGAUACUCUAAGUGCUAUUUUUGAAGUUGCACGUGAUAUGGAGAAGGUAGAAAAGAAUUCACCGGGAAGUCAAAUUCUCAAGGGUUUUCUGAUGGCUACUCUGUUUUACGAGCCCUCUACCAGGACUAGGCUUUCAUUCGAGUCUGCCAUGAAAAGGUUAGGUGGUGAGGUUUUAACCACUGAAAAUGCACGUGAGUUCUCAUCAGCGGCAAAGGGCGAAACAUUGGAAGAUACAAUAAGAACCGUUGAGGGCUAUUCGGAUAUUAUUGUGAUGCGGCAUUUUGAAAGUGGCGCUGCGAGAAGAGCAGCAGCUACAGCUGGAAUCCCAGUCAUUAACGCAGGGGAUGGUCCAGGACAGCAUCCGACUCAGGCUCUUUUAGAUGUGUAUACGAUUGAAAGGGAGGUUGGGAAGUUGGAUGGCAUUAAAUUAGCGCUUGUAGGAGACCUUGCUAAUGGAAGGACAGUUCGUUCACUUGCAUAUUUGCUCUCCAAGUACCAAGGCGUGAAGAUUUAUUUCGUAUCUCCUGAUGUUGUCAAGAUGAAGGACGACAUUAAAGGGUACCUGACUUCGAAGGGGGUAGAAUGGGAAGAGAGUGCUGAUCUAAUGGAAGUGGCUUCUAAGUGCGAUGUGGUGUACCAAACUCGCAUCCAACGCGAGCGUUUUGGGGAGAGAGUUGACCUCUAUGAAGAAGCGCGAGGCAAGUACAUUGUCGACAAAGACGUGAUGAACGCGAUGCAGAAGCAUGCUGUGGUGAUGCACCCUCUUCCUAGGCUUGACGAGAUUACGGUGGGUGUCGAUGACGAUCCCAGGGCCGCCUAUUUUCGUCAAGCGAAGAACGGUCUAUACAUAAGGAUGGCUCUACUGAAGCUUUUGCUCGUCGGAUGGUGAAGCGCGAAUGUUUGAUUUGAUCUUCCAACAGUUUUGUUCUUGACGUGCGAACUUACUGAGUUUUUCUCGGUUGUUUCGGGAAACAAAUUCAAUCACAUGAUUAAUGUCAAGUUUUGAGACUACUGAUUGAUGA